AUGGCAAUUCAUCCUAGACUACGGCCUCAGGCCCCUCAGGGCAGCCUGUCGCCACAGCAGACUAUUGCCAUCUCGGCCUGGACCGAGCAGGCCGCGGCCUCACUACAGGAUCUGACCCUAUCCGAGUCCACCGCCACCAACAGAUCAGACCCGGCCUCCACGCCCACACGCUCUAAUCAGCGCGGUAUGACGGUGUCCCUCUCCAUCCCGCUCGAUGACCUGACACCAGCGACCCCCUCGCCGCAAGUCAAAGUGGUUGGCUCGGGCGAGACUUGCCCCCCAACAGUCAGCUUCCGGCGGCGCGAGCCCCUCCGCCGCGACAGCCUGAAACGGCGCGAGGCCCUGCUCAAGGGCAAGGAUGGAAGCCGGCGGCGGCAGCGCUGGGAAAACGACCGGCUGCUGCACAACCCGUGGGCAGAGCCCCCGUCGCCUAGUGACUGGGCGGUCCAGCCUACUUAUCCCCGCCACAACCCGAUGCCGUACUACCUGGCCCCGCUCUGGGACGUUCACUGCGCAAAAAUGGCAGACCAUCACUCCGCUCGCAAGAAUGCAAAGACGCCCGCUGCGAAGCACCGCAUCCCGAAGGAUCUGCGGCUGAAGCUGAAGCAUGCCCGCGCCGCGCGCGGCAUGCUGCAGGACCUCGAGGACGAGAUCCGUCUUUUCAUCCGCAAGUGGAACGAGAAGCAGCUGUUCCUGCAGAGUGAGGGCCUGCAAGAUGCGCCGGACGCCGGGGCCACGGACGACUCAGAGGAUGAGAUCGUUUUUGUCGGGCGAAAUGGCCAGAUGCAUGACUCGCCGGAGCGCCAGCAGAGGCUCCAACAGUUGCGGCAGGAGAUGAGCUCGCAUCAUGAACGGGAUGGCGAGAAGAUGGUCUUUGAGAGCUUGGUCGAUGACCGAGCUGCUGGCUUUGGUCGCUGGCUUGUGCACUCUGUCGCCUCCUAUUACGGACUGCAUACUUGGUCCGUCACCGUGGGGGACCCUGCUCGCCGAGAAGCCUAUGUUGGCUUCCGUCCCCCGGCCCCGGGUAGCCGGGCUGGGCUCGUUACGCAUCCCACCUGCCGUGCAGAGGAGCUGAUUAAGCCCGGCGACGAGCUCCCGCAGCCCCUGUAUACGCAGGUUUAA